AUGCAGCAGUUAGGACAGAUUUGGGAACUCGCUGAUUAUCAAAGGAAGGGUGCUCUCGAUAAAAAGGGAUUUUUUAUAGCAUUCAAGCUUGUAGCAGCUGCUCAACAGGGUCUUGCUAUUUCACCAUUAUCAGUCACAGCGAGUGGCCUGAAUCCACCACAUUUCGAGGGAAUUAUCUUGAGAGCGCCAAUGAGUCAACGUCCAUCAAUUGACGCUGCGAGAGCACCUAUAAGUCAACGCUCAUCGAUUGACGCUACUCCUUCUGGUAUACAUAGUGAGUGGUGCAUAAAUGCUGCUGACCAGGUCAAAUAUGACUCAAUUUUUGAUUCGUUAUCGCCUGUUGAUGGAAAGUUACCUGGUACAAAAGUGAGGCCAGUGUUACUGAACUCUGGUUUAAAUCCUACUAUUCUGGCUAAAAUUUGGGAACUAGCCGAUCAGGAUAAAGAUGGCCAGCUGGAUCGAAUCGAGAUGAGUGUUGCUAUGCAUCUCUGCUCCUUUGGAAGUUCUAUUGCCUUUGUUCUCAGAGCUCUCCAGAACGAACCUGUCCCAGCAGUUCUGCCCAAUGCUUUGAUUCAUCCUUCGAAAGUAAUGUUGUCAAGGCGAACAUCAGCUGCCUCCCUUGCUUCUGGCAUGACUGGAAGUAUCCCACCACCAGUCCCUAUGCCACCGCAUCCACAUUUUCAAGCCAGUCAGGCAGGUGAGUGAGC